AUGUUAAGUUGGAAGCCUAGUAAAAAUUCACACGAUGUGAAGAAGAGUCAAAGUGAAUGUUAUAAGACCAGACCACUUCUAUUGAAUCUUUCACUCAAAUUCGCCACCGAUAUUGAUUCAGCUUCUUCUGCAGAUCAUGAGGCUUCUAUUCGAGAAUUUGUGGAAGAUGUUCGUACGUAUAGAGUUAUAUUUUUGGAUUCAAAACAGCAGCUACUUAAAUUUGCUCAAGAUUUUGUUACAAAGCACUUUGAAGCCACUCGUCAGCAAAUUAAGCAGUUUCGCUCAGUGGAACUUUUGGCAAUCCUUCGUAAGCCCACAAUAUUAUAUCAAUUAUUGCAACUUUGA